GAAGACAGUUGUGCGCAGGCGCCUCCUAUCCCCUUCUCUGGUGCCUCUGUCCCUGUGACGUAUUCGGGGUGGUCGUGGUGUUGCGCGAGAGUAUUGAACCGUUAGCGGUGGAAGCUCGUGCGGGCUCGAGAGCCGGCCUGGUCACCCUCCCCCCGCAGCGGCACCAUGAACCCGCACGGAAGCGAUCUCCCGCGGCAGCACUUCAGUGCCAACAACGGGGACUUCACCUUCGUCUCUUCGCCAGACAGUGAAGAUCUGAGUGGUUCGAUGGCUGCUCCAGAGGUUAAAGUUAAUAUGGAUACUGAAUCUACAAAAGAUGCUUCUGCAACUGCAUUCCUCAGGAAAAGGGGAUAUGGAUGGCUUCUGGAAGUUGAGGAGGAUGAUUCUGAGGAGAUCAAACCACUCCUAGAGGAAUUGGAUAUUGACUUAAAGGAUAUUUACUACAAAAUCCGAUGCGUGUUAAUGCCAAUGCCAUCAUUGGGUUUUAACAGACAAGUUGUGAGGGAUAAUCCUGACUUCUGGGGGCCUCUGGCUGUGGUUCUCUUGUUUUCGAUGAUCUCGCUAUAUGGACAAUUCAGAGUAGUUUCAUGGAUUAUCACUAUUUGGAUAUUUGGAUCAUUAACCAUCUUCUUGUUGGCUCGUGUUCUUGGUGGUGAGGUUGCAUAUGGUCAGGUUCUUGGAGUGAUUGGGUAUUCUCUACUCCCUUUGAUUGUAAUUGUUCCAGUGCUUCUGGUUGUUCGAUCCUUUGAGCUUUUAUCUACGACAAUAAAGCUAUUUGGUGUAUUCUGGGCUGCGUACAGUGCUGCUUCCCUACUGGUUGGAGAAGAAUUCAAAACAAAGAAGCCUCUUCUGAUAUAUCCAAUAUUUCUUCUAUAUAUUUACUUUUUAUCCUUGUAUACUGGUGUCUGAAAUUCAAGGAAUCUGAAAAUUCAGUACUUUUUGGACUCUGUUUGGCAAGGUCUCAUGAAAGGAAAUUGAAGGAAAGUGCUAUUGACUCCAGAUGCUGAAGAAAUUGGGGUUUUUCCCUGCCCUCCAGAAUUCAAGUGGUUAUUUUUGGGUCUAAAGCAUAAAUCUAAAGUUUUAAACACUAGACAGAAGCUAUAUAUGUUUGUAUUUAAUUAUUUUUUAAUGCUGUUUUGGUUUUUGUGAAAAAAAAUCUGAACACAAGACCAGUUUGACUGGAAGUGGAUGAUGGAACAGUGCUAAGUGCCCUGUGCCAAAACAUCAAGAGUGAUUUAGCCAAGAUGUGCAUUUAUUUGAAAUGCAUUUUGGAUUUUGAAACAACUUGAGGGGAAAAAGUAUUGUUUUGAGAUCAUUGUACCUUUUUAAAAUGUACAGUUUUCUGCAAUUAAGUGAAAUUUAUUUUGUAGAUAACUUUAUUUAAGGCAAUGCAAUCCUGCAAACACAUGUAUUCCAAGCAUCUUAAAAUUUCAAUUUGUGUAGAUGGUUACAAAUUUCAUUUAAGUUGGGUGCCUUUGGCUUGGAUUUUUUUAGCUGCUCUCUCAUGUACAAAAGUUAGUAACAUAAGCAUUUGUAAAAUAAACUGCAAAUGAAUUGUUGGUUGGCCUCUUAAAACUUAUCUUUGGACAAAUAUUAAGUAAAUUCAUUCUCUUUAGAUUCAAAGAUACUAGUUGACAUUUUUUUCUAUUGUAUAGUAUAAUUUCAUUAUUGCUGUCAGAAAAGGUCAGAGUUUAAUUGACUUGGGUGAUGGAGUCAAUGUGCAAAAUCCAUAAGAAUUGUUCUAUAUCUUGUAUAUGAAGUAGGUAAAUGGAUGCUGAUAGUGAGGACUGCACAUGCCAGGAUAUCAGUGAGACAGAAUUUGAAACAUUUGUAUGUUUUUGCGUUCAAGAAUAACCCGUUGGCCAAAGUUGUUUCUAUUUCACAAAGCAAUUUCUUAAAAUGUGUGUUUUGGAAAUUGAGAGCAUUUACCUCUUUCAAAUAGCUGAAUGUCAACUGACUGAUGCAGUUGAAUAAGUUUUGAAUAGGUUUUGUGUUUUGGUAAACCAAUAAUUGUUUAAGAUACCUGGCUUUUUAAACUAUUGCAGAGAAUGUACUUGAGUUGCCAUUUUUGUAACUGGAAAAUUUUUUGGGACCUGUGGGAUAGUAGGGUUAGAGCAACAAUGCACUCCUUUAGCCUUUAGCUAUUUUGUUAACUAGUAGACAAUAAUACAAGAUAAAGCAUCAUCAGAUUAUAUGGCACAAAGUACUUUCCAGAGGUGGCUGAACCCUUGAACAGAUUUCCAGUAUUUGUGAAGCUGGUGAAACUCAAUAGGAAAAAUGGCUGGGAAAGGCUGGUUAUGAUUAGUCAACAAGUUACUUGGUCCAAUGACUUUCAUCCAACAUAAUAAAAGUGGUAAUGGCAAAGGCAUUGUUUGGUGGUACCAACAUGUUGGUGUGACUACAUAUGUACUCAAACAGCAAUGUGCGGUAGCAAUCUGGACAUGGGAAAUAAUUGCCCAUGAGCAGAUUGGAAUCUGUCUGUUCUCUUUUCCUCUGCUUUUAUGUUCUAGUCAAUUACCAAUGCUGUCCCUGCUCCUAUCUGUUUCUGAAAAUAGCUACCCAGUUUUUGAAGUAAAACCUGUACACCUGUCUUUUUGUGAAUGGCAAGUCAACUAAUGUAAUUAAGUCACUUCACUGUGUAAUGGGCUGUAUGAUGAAAUAAUUGUACUACACCUUUUAUCUGAACUGUACCAAAUACAUGAA